AUGAUUGCUUUCUCAAAGGCUGCCAGUCCAUUGGGGCCUGUGACAUACUCAUUCAUCGGCACAGCAACUCGGCGAGGUCAGGUCCGCCUAUAUAAUAUCCUCAAUGACACCACGAUUCCGGAGCCUAAGCGGAAACACAUUCCGUCUUCCGGUACAUAUCCCAAGGGGUUUCGUGUAUCUGGUACCCAUGUCGGCGUCAAGGCAUCAAACACAAAAUACCCUGACUUAGCCUUGAUAUCGUCCGACGAACCCUGUGCUGCGGCAGCAGUGUUUACGACAAACAAGUUCCAAGCAGCACCCGUGCAAGUUAGCAAAUCCACUUUGAAUCAGCGGAAUGGAAAGGGGGUGCGCUCCGUUGUCAUCAACAGUGGAUGCGCCAAUGCUGUUACGGGAAAGGGUGGACUGGAGGAUGCGCAGAAUAUGGGCGCCAAAGUAGAUGAAUGUAAUGGCAUUUCGGAUCCAAGUACUCUCGUGAUGAGUACCGGUGUUAUUGGACAAAGACUCCCCAUCUCCAAGAUCCUGGACAAGAUCCCCACUGCUCACUCUAACCUUGCCAACACACACAAUGCCUGGCUCGCCACUGCUCGAGCAAUCUGCACGACAGACACAUUCCCAAAACUCAUUUCCCAGACAUUCACUCUCCCUUCCUCUCCCGGGGUCACCUACAGUCUUGCUGGCAUGACCAAGGGCGCUGGCAUGAUUCAUCCAAACAUGGCUACUCUUCUCGGUGUCCUAUGCACCGAUGCUCCCAUUGACGCCGCAGCAAUGAAGCCACUUCUCCUCCACGCAGUCUCACGCUCUUUCAAUUCCAUCUCCGUUGAUGGUGACACGAGCACCAACGACACCAUCGCGUUGCUUGCCAACGGUGCCGCAGGCGGUAACCUUGUCACUACCUCACCAUCACCUGAUUACGAAGCCCUCCAAAACGUGCUAACUUCAUUCGCGCAAUCCCUCUCGCAACUCGUAGUCCGCGACGGCGAGGGCGCAACCAAAUUCGUAACCGUCCGCGUCCAGAAUUCCCCGUGCUACGACUCCGCUCGCCGCAUUGCGUCCACCAUCGCACGCUCCCCGCUCGUCAAGACGGCUCUCUACGGACGAGACGCAAACUGGGGACGUAUUCUGUGCGCCGUUGGGUAUGCCGAUGGUGUUAGCGAUGGUGCUGUAGUCCCCGAACGAACGAGCGUGAGCUUCCGACCCGUCGACGGAUCGCCCGUCUUGAAGCUUCUCGUUAAUGGCGAGCCCGAAACUGUGGAUGAGGAGCGCGCAAGCGCGAUUUUGCAAAAUGAGGAUUUGGAAAUUGUCGUGGAUCUGGGCGGUGGCGCAAAGGGAGAUCAGGGACUAGGUGGUGAAGAGGCAGUGUAUUGGUUCUGCGAUUUCAGUCAUGAGUAUGUCACUAUAAACGGUGACUAUCGGACUUGA